UGGGAUGCUCCGACGCUACUGGAAAUGCCUCAGAAGGUAAAAGAGGAAAGUUUCUACAAUCGAGAAAAGUUCUUGGAUACGCUUUGCGAUGAGCUGGAGUAAGCGAUAAGUUGUUUUGGACAGCCUGGACGAGAAGGUUGCUCUGCUUUGAAGCUCUCAAGUUUAGAGAGCUAAGGCUACGCCGACGUUUGCUAGCGUUAGCGCUAUAGCUUUAGCCUAGCCUGCUAGGUAAAUAUUACGACUGCCUUUCGGAGUUUCCUGCAUCUGUGACCACGUUGCCAACAGAAGAACCUUGUUGUUAGUGGACAUUUUGUACCACAAUUUUUAUUAAAUGUAAUAGAAGGCUUCGCUCCAACGAGAUGGGUAGAUUUUGUUACGUUACACACAAAGCUAACUGGCUAUAGUUUGUAUGCUAGCUGAUAUUAGCUAACGUUGCCGAGCCAGCCAGCAACUUCGGCAGGAGAGUUUCGGCGAGCUAACCACGACAGUAUUGUCGCCCAAAAGCAAACUCUGCUGCAAAAAGGAGUUAACCUGCAGUCAUGUUUGAAAUGGAGACACAUAUAUCGUGCCUUUUCCCGGAGAUCCUGGCCAUUAUUUUCAGUUAUCUGGACGUGAAAGACAAAGGAAGAGUAGCCCAAGUGUGCGCGGCCUGGAGAGACGCGUCCUACCACAAGUCGGUGUGGAGGGGGGUGGAAGCCAAGCUCCAUCUACGGCGAGCUAACCCGUCUCUGUUCCCCAGUCUGCAGACCAGGGGAAUCAAAAAAGUUCAGAUUCUCAGCCUGAGGAGAAGUCUGAGCUACGUGAUUCAAGGGAUGCCGCACAUCGAAAGCCUUAACCUGUGUGGAUGUUUCAACCUCACAGACAACGGACUCGGACAUGCCUUUGUGCAGGACAUCCCAUCCCUGCGGGUGUUGAACCUCAGUCUCUGCAAACAGAUCACUGACUCCAGCCUGGGCAGGAUUGCCCAAUACCUCAAAAACCUGGAGGUGCUUGAACUCGGGGGUUGCAGCAAUAUCACAAACACAGGCCUGUUGCUCAUUGCCUGGGGCUUGCACAGACUCAAGAGCCUUAACCUGCGCAGCUGCAGGCAUGUGUCCGAUGUGGGCAUCGGUCACCUGUCGGGCAUGACCCGCAGCGCUGCGGAGGGCUGCCUGUCCCUGGAGAAGUUAACCUUGCAGGACUGCCAGAAGCUGACUGACCUUUCUCUUAAACAUGUCUCAAAGGGCCUAAACAAGCUCAAAGUGCUCAACCUCAGCUUCUGUGGAGGGAUAUCCGACGUAGGGAUGAUCCACCUGUCGCAUAUGACCCACCUGUGCAGCCUGAAUUUGCGGUCGUGCGAUAACAUCAGUGACACAGGGAUAAUGCAUCUGGCCAUGGGCUCCCUCCGGCUGUCUGGACUUGAUGUGUCCUUCUGUGACAAGAUUGGAGACCAGAGUCUGGCUUACAUCGCCCAGGGGCUGUAUCAGCUCAAGUCCCUCUCUCUCUGCUCCUGCCAUAUUAGUGAUGAUGGCAUUAACAGGAUGGUACGCCAGAUGCACGAACUCAAGACUCUCAACAUUGGACAAUGUGUGAGGAUUACAGACAAAGGGUUGGAGUUGAUAGCUGACCACCUGACCCAGCUGACAGGGAUUGAUCUGUAUGGUUGUACAAAGAUUACCAAGAGGGGUCUGGAGAGGAUAACACAGCUCCCGUGCCUUAAAGUGUUAAAUCUGGGACUGUGGCAGAUGACAGAGAGUGAACGAAUGAGGUGAACGCUCUCCUAUUUAGCAUACAUGUGUUUCAUUGUGUAUAGUGUGUACUGAAAGGGACUGCCUGUAUCCAUUCUUAAUUUUACCUUCUAUACUGUGACUAAAAACAAGCGGAGGGACUCAGCAUUGAUCACUGGAAUAUUGUUCACCUCCGCCGCAAUACUCCACCCUUACUCAAAUUAUGUUUCAGUCUUGUGCUUUCUUUUGAUGUGCAUUGUUUAAUCUCAGCCUGUGUACAGUUCCUACUAUCUAGCUACCUCACCCGUCAAACACAGGAGUGCCUACUAUCGCUGAAUACUAGAUUACGUGCAUAUUUUUGUGACUCACAUACCAAUGGAAAUUUUGAUAUUUAAAUAAAAAAAUCUAAUUGCAGAAUAAUAGUUAGGCAUUUUAACUCUUAACAGAAAGGCUGGAGUACCUUGCAUUGAAGGUUUGAUAGAAUGUUUUUGAUUUAUUGUUUUUUGGGGGCUAUUUUUUACUUAUGCAACCAAUAUUUUUUGUAUUGAAUGACUGUUGUUGACACAAUUGUACUUCAAAUUGAAGUGGGUGGAUCACUCCUGUCUGUCCUCGUUUACCUAUGUAUAGUUGGCUGUGUUUCAUAUUCCUGAGGAAACAAGUAUGUAUCAGAUGUUCCAGUAUGCUACUCUGUCAGAGGUUCAUACACACAACUACAGUAAGGCGUAGUAAUUAACCGCUGCCAAGGCUAUAUGCAAUACCUUAAAACUGUUUAUCAGUGGUUUUUCUCCUGAGGAGCUUCCAACGAUAGUGUCAGAGUAUUUGUUUAAAAAAGCAGUAAUUUAAGAUUGUUUUAUAUUCAUACAGUAGUGAUAUUUAUGAAUAAAGAUGGCA